UUAUAGUUAUUUUUGAAAUAUAUACAUUUUCCUAGAUUUCUACAGUGUUAUAAUUAGAAAGAACUUAUAUUUUUCAAUUUCUAAUAUUUGGUCCUUCGAGUCGGAUUAGUAAAUGUUUUGCUUUAAAACCUAAUUUUAUUCUUAGUGGAAAAACAAUGACGGUACUAAGGGAAUAUAGAUGACUUUUCAAUAUUUUAUAAUCGCACACCAAAUUGUUUUCUAUCUCGAUAUCGUAAAUUUAAUAAAUUGAAUUACUUAUACGACCCGAAAUAGAAUGUUCUCGAUAACUGUGACGCCACUGGGCCGAUGAAUAAUUGUCAAUCUAUCGCUCCGGUGAAUGCGAUCUGAUAAUUUCCUGCGACCCUCGACACAGCUGCGACACCCUGAUAACGCACCCUCACACCCCCCAUCCUCAACCCACGCACUGCACACGUCAAUAAACAAGCUUUACACCACUCUGCUACAAUAGGGUGGGCACAGAGAGACUAGAUGCUCAUAGUCUGAAUACAUUAAUCACUAAGAGAGACGUUUAGUGUAGAUUCUACUCUAUAGGCGACCACAAAAUUAGACUUUGUAUUGGCCUCGCUUUUAUAAAAAAAUGAUUUCAUAUUGAUACCAUGUGUAAUUCGAAAACCAGUAAAUAUUUCAUUGCAUAUGUAUGUACUAGUUCGGAGAUAAUUUCUUGAGGUUUCAGACAUACAGUCAACAAAAUUUAGUACUAAGUUAUCCUUGCUUGAAAAAAUAUUUUUAUCGUCUGUGGGGACUUUUGAUAUAUUCUAAUUACAAAUUGAAUUUUAUGGAAGAUCAUUGUGAGGACCUAGUAAUAACUAACCUGAACCUACAGGUUAAAAGAUGAUGAAAAUUGAACGCGUUCUACCGUCUAAUAGAAAUUUAAUCGAACGAGGCUCCGGGCUGGUAUAAAAGCUCGGUCCCAGCCAGCUCUCAGUCAGUACAGAUCCAGCUUCCGACGGUGAAACAUCACUUCACUAAGGAUACAGUUAUGUAUUGCUGGCAUCUGUUACUACUAGCUCUACUCUGCUAUACCCCUCCGAGUAUAUCGGAAAGGUUUAAUGGAAGACACUGCUGCGACCAACCACCUGACAACAGGCUUUUGUCCUACAGAAGGCUACUAGACAAACCAUCAGAGGUUCAGGGAUCCAUUCGAGGUCCAGAUAUAGGAGGUUCAAGAUGGAAAGACGAACGAGAUAUAGAAGCCUAUCGUCGUACUUCUGAAGAGAAAUCUGGAGAAAGAUAUGAACGGAACGUUCUAGGAAGACGCACAGAACGUGACGCUGGUUUUAACCGAUUUGAUACUCGCGAAAAUCGUGUACGCAAAGAUGCAAGGAAUACGCUCCAAAGAAUUGAUCAACGCCGAGAAACGUCCCAUAGAUUUGAUUCUAGGAAUAGACAAAUGCACCGUGUGGAAAGAAAUCUUAAUGCUUUUGAUAGGAAAAUUGAACGUCAGACCACUAGAGAGGAUACGGAAAGGCGACAAAGUAGAUCUCGGUAUGAAACUCGUCAAGACAAUAGGAAUGAAGUACUACGUUCGAGAGAAUUUGAACAUAUUGAUAACCAAAGGCGAUUUCCUACUAAAAGAAUAAACAACAUUCGAGUUUCAAACUUACCUAUUAGAGAAAUUCGUGCUGUGAGACGUAUUGAUGAUAACCGAGUUAAUUCACAUUCUGUAGAAAGGAUGGCGAGAGAUUCUCGAAUGCCUCGUUUAGCCACUGACCGUCGUGAUACCAGAUUUGUUUUAGACCGUCGUUCUCCAUUAGAUUCUGUUGCAUCAAGGAGAUUUUCUCACUUUCCCACAUUGACUAGGAACAGGCUUGCUGUGUCUAGUGUGAAAGAUGAUCACGAGCCUGAAAUACGUCGUACUGAAUACCGUGGCACUCGAUCUGACCGUCAUUUGUCUUCUCUCCGAACAAACAUUCGUACUGCGAGAUUGCAAGAACGGGAUUCAAGGCGCAUAUCCGAACGUGAUUCUACUCGUGCUUCCUUGGAAAGUAGCCGCCGAUCGGAAAAUCUUUCUAGACUUACAAGAGAACUGCGUAGAAUUGAACUCGAUGAGAAUCGUCCCAUUACUCGAUCCAUUCCACAAAAUGAUAGACAGAUAUACGAUAACGAACGUGGAAUUUUACGCACACCAACUAGACAAAUCGAAACUGAACGUAGCUAUGCUAAACAUGAGUACCGUCCCUCUCAAGAACGUGAUAUUAUUAGAAAUGAUCGUAUUCGCAGAGAAUUUCGUAUUCCGAGAGAGCGUCGAUCCACUGUACGCAGUGAUGAUCAACGAUCCUCGCGUACACCAUCAGAACCGAUGGAAACACAGCGUCUUAAAUUUGAACGUUACGAUUCCGAGCGUAGAAACAUUCCAAGUGAAGCAAAUUCUCGUCGUGAUUCCGGCGUUGUACGUCAACUUUCUAGAUUUUCUACUGAACGUCGAGUCUCUGCGUUUAAACGUGUCAAUACACAAUACGGCACCGAGCCCCAAUCAUCUCGCCUCUCUGAACGUCUUGAUACCAGAUCCAGGCAUGUUUCUCACAUUGCCACUGAUGAUAAUGAAGGUAGAUUCAAUGUUAAUAACAGACACUCUCGUGCAGUUAGUGAGACAAGGAGAAGUGUAGAACGUAUAGCAGAUUUACGAAGAGAAAAUACAGAUACGCGGCUUAAACGAAGCCAAAUGUCCUGGGAUACAACAGACCGAGAAAACCGACGAUAUAGUACUGAUAAUCGACUUGUAAGAGAUGAAAGUGAUGCCAGGUUGUCAAAUGUAUUAAACAGACAGCGAGAGAACAGAAAACUGUCUUCGUCUAUGGAUCGUGUUGAUAUGCGAUACAUCAGAGAGCGACAGGAUACCCGAGCGCGCAUUAACGAAAGACAUAGUAUGGAACCAAAACUACGUUUUGUCGCAGAACGCCCUGAAACCCGCCGCAACCAAAAUCAACGAUUUGGUGUCGAAAUUAGGCAGUCACGAAGCCUAUCAGAUCUGGAAUCUAGAGUACCUCGCCGUAUAGAAAAUACUGCUCGCUUUAGCAACUCACAACAAAUUCGUAUGAUUAGAGAAACUGAAGAUGUCCGUCGCAAUAAUGAACGGAACAUGGAGUCCCGGUUAAGAAGAGAACAAACACAAGUUCGACGCAGUCUGCAUCGGGACGUCGCAUACACACUUAGGAUUGAAAGUGCUCGUCGCAAUUCUGAUGCCCGUAGCCUGCUACAAAACGCUAGGCAAGAGACAGAACGUUCCAGAAAUCUGAACAGUGAACGCUUGAAUGUUCGACGUGAUAUUGAUGAACUAUCUCAAAGAACUUCAGGACGUAUUGGAUAUGACAGAACUGUACGAGAUUUGUCCCGUUAUGAACGACGCAAUGUUAAAUCAAGACUUACUACUUACGCUACGGAACGACAUGAGAAUAGACGAAAUGGUGAAAGGAGAUUUAGACAAAACGAAAAUAGAAUAAGUGACAGUGGAAGAAGUGAAGAUAUGCGACGAGAGAAUGGGAUGUCUGAUGUAACAGAACGAGAAACGAUUCUUAGAAAACUCUCUGAACAUAUUACGACACGCACAGACAACAUACGUAACAUUAAUCGUAUAUCUGAACGGGAUAUUAGAGAGAGGAGAACCGAGGAACGUGCUCAUAAUCAAAACCGCAUUGUUCGUAAGAUUUCUGAACGUGUUAAAUCUUCAGAGAAUCUACAAAACUCCCGUACCAUACUAAAAGAUGGACGUGAUCUGUCUCGUUUUGUUCGAUUCGAUCGACGACAAAUCGAUACGCAAUCGAUUAAUCGUCAAGUAAAGUCUUACCGCAUGGACACAGAUUCCCGAUCUAAGUUGGAACGUCGAGAAAAUCGUAUUUUAACACUCGAUAGAAAUGACAAACGCAAUGCGAUGGACGAUGACCAACGUGACGGUGGAUUGUUUGUUUUGAACUGGCAAUACUUAUUCUACGUCAUACAAGGACUGUAUCUGUGCAGCGUGCUUCUACACUCUAACGAUCCCAAAUCUAAAAUAAAAUCAAGAAACUUUGGCUGGUGGAACCCAAUGUACAGGCUGAAACUGGACUAAAACUGAAGACCCUCGGCUAUUGUAUACUCCAUGAUAAUUAGAAAUAAUUGUAGAAAAUCUCAUUUAAUCUAAUGCAUAUGUUGUAGCAAAAUAAACAUUUAUUCUGUUACUUGUUUGUUUAAUAUAUUCUUUGUAUAAAAUAAACCCUAUUACAUACAAAACUUAAAACUGCCUAAUUUAAAUUUACGAAAUUGAUGUUACCUAUUACAAUGUGUUCAUAGACUAACAAAAAUACGACAGAAAUAACAUUUCAAAGUUGUCAUCAAACUUUUAUAUUUAAAAUUUAUAAUUAGAAACUACAGUUUAUCUCGUGUCAAUAUAACAUUUUUUAUUAUUUCAUUCGGCUGGAAGGACCUAAACACGAGAUGUCGAGUACUGUUAUGUUGUA